AUGAUUCGGUCUAACAAAAGAGGAAGGGAAGCUGAAAGCAUUACUAACAUCCAAAGACAACAUAAGCUUCAUAACAAUUAUACUCUUCAAGAAGAAGCCCCCAAGGAGAAUCUAGUCUCCACUGGUCUUAGACUAUCUUAUGAUGACGAUGAACGCAACUCAUCAGUCACUUCUGCUAGUGGUAGCAUUGUAGCUGCUUCCUCAGUAUUACAGUCACUUGAUGAUAGACAGAAAGAUGAGCUUGACCAGUUUUUAAAAAUUCAGGCAGCUCAAAUGGCUAAAGGAGUGAGGGAUAUCCAACAGAGACAGUUUGCGUCUAUUUUGAACACAAUAGAGAAAGGAGUGAGCAAGAAGCUUCAAGAGAAAGACCAUGAGAUUGAUAUCAUGAACAAGAAGAAUAAGGAGCUUGUGGAGAGGAUAAAACAACUGGCGAUGGAAGCUCAGAAUUGGCACUAUAAAGCAAAGUAUAAUGAGUCUGUGGUUAAUGUCUUAAAGACAAAUCUACAACAAGCAAUGUCACACAACAACAAUGUGGUUGCUGGUGCGGAUCAUUGUAAAGAAGGGUUUGGAGAUAGUGAAAUAGAUGAUGCAGCUUCAUCAUACAUUGAUCCAAACAACAACAACAACUUGGGGAAUCAGAGGAUGAGAUGCAAAAUGUGUCAUGAGAAGGAAGUAUCGGUGUUGCUUGUGCCUUGUAGGCAUUUGAGUUUGUGUAAAGAAUGUGAUGUAUUCACUGGGUUUUGUCCUGUAUGCAAGUCUUUGAAAACUUCUAGCGUUCAGGUCUUCUUUUCUUGAAACAAAAAAAGAAAGUAAGUGAUAAUACAUUAUAUAAAUCUUUCAACUUUUAAAAGUGU